AAUUGAAAUAUGAAACGUGUUGCAACCAACAUCAACAUAUUUAUAAGUUGAUACCGCCGAAUUAUAAAGAUCGUGAAAAAGUUGCCUCCAUUAUUUGUAAAAAGAUCAGUGAAAAACAUUUCAAUUAAAAUGACUUUUUUAGGUCCGGUUGAUAUGGUUGAGGAAGAUGCUGCCGAUUUGCAGUUUCCAAAGGAUAUGCAGGUAAACCAUAUUUUGGAAUCGGGGAGUGAAAUUGUUAAUCUUUCAGAUACCAAUAACAUUGUCUAUAAAGAUAUUGUUGAAUUAAGAGAUGAACAAAUUUUUGAAGAUAAAGAUAGUUUCCCCAAGUGCAGCAUAUGCGAAGCUGAACUGUGUGGGUCAUAUAUUAAGUGUGCAAACUGUGACUGUCUUCUGUGUUUAGUAUGUUUUUCAAAUGGACGUGAAAUAUAUUCUCAUACUAAUAACCACGCCUAUAUAGUAAUAAGUGAUGAGAUGCAGGUUUUUCCAAAUAGUAAUUGUUGGACGGCGAGGGAAGAACAUUUGUUACUAAACACAUUAAAAUCUAAGGGUUACGGAAAUUGGGAAGCAGUUGAAUGUGCCUUUAACUUCAAACGAUCCGCAGAAGAGUGUAGAAAACAUUAUCAUGAUUGUUAUUUUGGGGACACAUUUGAAAAAUCGUUGGGAUUGACACAUUUAAAUGAAACGUAUUUUGCCCAACGCAUGCCAUAUUUAAUUAAAAUGUUUUCGGUCGAUCCACCGCGAUUUGAUGAAUCGUCAUCUAUACAAUUUCAUAUGAUGUCAGGCUAUAGAUGUGCACGUGGUGAUUUUGAUAUACCCUUCGAUAACACAGCUGAGCGCUUGUUAACUGCAAUCGAAGAUGAUCAAACUUUUUCUGAAGUUGAUUAUAAAGGAAAUACGAACACUGUUAUGGUUGAAGAAGAAUUGAAAUGUGCUUUAGUUUGCGCAUAUAAUAAUCGUCUUAAAGAACGCAAAAGGCGUUAUAAAAUCAUACGUGACCAUGGACUUAUUGUAUCAAAUCGCACAUUAGGUUGGAUUUUAAAAUAUGCUGACGCAUUUGGUUCUGACGCAAACUGCAUUAAGUUUCUAUCGUUUGUCCAAGUUAUGAAGCCCAUAGCAUUCGAUAAACUUCUAGAAUCUUUAAAAUAUUUUAAAGAUCUACAAAAAUCACUUUUUCGUUUGUAUGAACUACGACAAAAUGGAGUGCGCACAUUGGAAGGGGGACAGUUUUAUUUUAAAUCUAAACAAGAACGUCAUAUGAGUAAGGAUCAUCGCAUUAAAAUAGCAGAGCAGUAUAAGUAUAAUCAAUGGCGUAAACUGAUACCAAGUCCAAAAUUAUUUCCAAUCGCUAACAUCACUGAUGCAGUUAGUUCUAUGAAACGAAAAAAACCUAAACCGUUGGAUAUAACGGGCUUACCUUAUUAUGUUAAAUUAACUGAUGCUGAACGCAGUCUCUGCAGCUUAGAACGCAUAUCACCACAAGCGUUUUUAAAUUAUAAGUCCUUACUGAUGGCAGAAAAUGUUAAAAUAGGACAACUUCGACUUGCCGAUGCAAGAAGAUUAAUAAAGAUUGACGUAAACAAAACAAGAAAAAUGAAAUUUCACUUGCUUCCGAGUUUGAAAAUGCAGAAACAUUGCUUAUAUCUGAAGUGCACAUGCUUCUUGAUCAUCGAAAGCGACAAAAUGAAUCUGCUGACGAGGAGCAAGAAUUUUCUGAAGUCUUUCUUAAAACAUAUGCAUACACAGAUGCUUUUCGAAAAUUUAAAAAUAAGGAAACUAUAGCUUCUGUGCGAAGUUUACUCAUGCAAAAAAAAUUGCACAAAUUUGAAUUGGCGGCGCUAGGAAACUUGUGCCCCGAUGGUCCGGAAGAAGCAAAAGCUCUU